AUGCUUUCCCGCCAGGCGAUCCCGGUCACGGUCUUGGAGGCCGCGGAGCAGCUGGACACCCGGCCACGCGCAACACACUACGGAAGCCCAGCUGUCUACGAGCUCCGUCGCGCAGGAGUCUUGCCCGACGUUCUGGCGGAGGGUUUCACCCCCGGAGUGAUCUGCUGGCGAAAACUGUACGGCACCUACUUGGCCGGAAUCGACAACCGGAUCAUGGCCAACGACCCGGACCAAGUCGCCUGUCUUCCCCUGGGCCGCCUCGGCCAGAUCCUCUUGGACCAUCUUGCACGACAGCCCAGCGCAGAGAUCAAAUGGAAUCAUCGUGUUACCGGGCUGGGUCAGGACCCUGACCAGGCAUGGGUAACGGUUGCCACCCCAACCGGCGAGGUCACGAUGCAAGCCACAUAUAUCGUGGGAUGUGAUGGGGCAAACUCGCAGAUCCGCCGGUCCCUAUUUGGGGACGGGGUCUUUCCUGGAAAGACGUGGGACGAGCAGAUUGUCGCCACGAAUGUCUACUAUGAUUUCCACCAGUUCGGGUACGAGGAUGCCAACUUUAUAAUCCAUCCCGAGCACUGGUACAUGGCGUCGCGGAUCACAAAGGAUGGCUUGUGGCGAGUCUCCUAUGGGGAGAAAGGGGGACUGACGCAUGAGCAGCUGGCAGAGCGCCAACCGAAGAAAUUCCAAGCCAUGCUUCCCGGGCACCCAACCCCCGACCAGUACAGACUCGUGAACUUUAGCCCUUAUCGGGUUCAUCAGCGUCUAGCAGAGAAGAUGCGAGUUGGCCGGUUCCUCCUGGCUGCGGACGCCGCUCAUCUAUGCAACCCCUUUGGAGGGCUCGGCCUCACAGGCGGCAUCGCUGAUGUUGGCGGGCUCUAUGACUGCUUGUAUGGCCUAUACACCGGCCGGGCGACGCCGGAUAUCCUUGAUAUGUACGACCGAGUGCGACGCAAAAAGUACCUGGAGGUCAUUGACAAGCUCUCCAGCGACAAUCUGCGGCGCAUGUUCGAAACUGAUCCAGAUACCGUGAUUGAAUCGGGAAGUGAUGAGCUUUUCAACCUGUGUCUGAAGGCCGAGAAAGAUGUUGAGCUGGCCAAGCAGCUGGUGACAGGAAUCAAUGUGAUCAAAUACGACUUCACCCAGCAUUAUUCAGAGGCGGGGAAGAUUUGA